AUGGCCAAUUUAAAGCAAACUCCAUUAACAUGCAGUGGUCAUACACGUCCGGUAGUGCACUUAGGAUUUAGUGAAGUUACAGAAAGUGGAUAUUUUCUUAUUUCUGCUUGUAAAGAUGGACAACCUAUGUUGCGACAAGGAGAUACGGGGGAUUGGAUAGGAACUUUUAUGGGACAUAAAGGUGCAGUAUGGAGUGUUACAUUAAAUGCAAAUGCUACAAGAGCAGCUACAGGUUCAGCUGAUUCUCAUGCUAAGCUUUGGGAUGCCAUCACUGGAGAAGAAUUACAUUCAUUUCAGCAUAAUCGAAUUGUCAAAGGUGUAGCAUUUUCUCAAGAUUCAAGUCUUCUUGUAACUGGUUCCACGGAAAAAUUGAUUCGUAUAUUUGACAUAAAUAAACCUGAGUCGAGACACACGGGAGCAAUCAAAGAUGUAACAUUUUUAGAAGAUAAUUUAAUUGUUUCAAUCGCCCAAGAUCAAACAAUGAAAAUAUGGGACAGACGUACAGGUACCAGCAGUCAACAACUCACUCUUGCAACGUCUCCCAACAGCAUGGAAAUUUCCAAAGAUGGUACCAUUAUAACCAUUUCUCAUGGUUGCAGCGUUACUUUUUUGAAAAAAAGCUAUGGUUUAAGCCUGGUUCGUGAAGUUAAAAUUCCUACUCAAGUUAAUUCAGCAUCCCUUCAUCCUGAUAAAAGCAUUUUCGUAUGCGGAGGAGAAGAUCUCAAAAUGUAUAAAUUUGAUUACACGACUGGUUGUGAAAUUGAAUCAUUUAAAGGACAUUUUGGACCCGUACACUGCGUUAAAUUUUCUCCAGAUGGGGAAUUAUAUGCUUCAGGCUCGGAAGAUGGAACAUUAAGACUUUGGCAGACGACCGUUGGAAAAACAUACGGACUUUGGAAGUGCUUAGAUUCCUCGGAGAAUGUUUGUGGUCUUAUUCCAAAAACAGAAGUGCCAACCAAUUAA